CACUGCACGGCGAAGUACGGCGAAUAGUCCGAGUGACGUGUACUUGGUGUGCAAAAUGCUGGGAAAACAGUGUGAAAAUUGAGGAAAUUGGGGCACAAAUCCACAAGACAGCAAUAUGGAUUUCUUCCAGAGAGGACUCAAGAGUGUUCUGGGUACACCAGAGGCUGGUCAAGUGCCCAGCGGAGCUGAAACUGUGGAGAAAUUGGUGGAUAGAGUGUCAUCAUCCACACUCCUCGAGGAUCGACGGGAUGCCUGUCGUGCUCUAAAGGCUCUUUCGAAGAAAUAUAGAAUUGAAGUUGGGGCUCAGGGAAUGCCGGCUCUUGUGCAAAUUCUCGAAACAGAUCGGGCAGAUUGUGAGAUAAUAGGAUAUACCCUUGAUACACUGUGCAAUAUCAUAUCUCCAGAGCAAUUUGAUGAAGAACUGGAGAAUCCGACUGUUUCGGUGAAUGUGGGAGAACAGUUUACUGAGAUGUUCAUUAAGAAUCCAGAGAAUGUUGGACUUGUCCUGUCAUAUCUCGAAGAAUAUGAUUUUCGUGUAAGAUGGCCAUCGAUAAAAUUCCUCACGAGUCUCAUUGAGUAUCGCCCGAAGGAGCUACAGGAGAUUGUUCUGGUAAGUCCAAUGGGAGUGUCAAAAUUGAUGGAUUUGCUCAGUGACAGCCGGGAAGUUGUGAGAAAUGAUGCUCUUCUGUUGCUCAUCCAACUCACCAAGGGCAAUGCAAAUAUUCAGAAAAUUGUAGCUUUUGAGAAUGCCUUUGAUCGACUAUUUGACGUGAUGAAGGAAGAGGGUUGUUCAGAUGGAGGAAUUGUUGUUGAAGAUUGCCUGAUCUUGAUGCUGAAUCUUCUGAAGAACAAUUCAAGCAAUCAGCAAUUUUUCAAGGAAGGCAGCUACAUUCAGCGUCUAGCACCGAUGUUUACCAUGCCCCCGGAACUUGAGGAAACCGGCUGGACACCUCAAAAAGUUUCCAAUAUUCACUGCAUGCUGCAAGUUGUGAGGUCUCUAGUAAGUCCAGGGAAUUCUCAUCAAAUCAUAGCAUCGUGCCAGAAGACAAUGAGGAACAGCGGGCUGCUGGAAGCACUCUGCAACGUCUUGAUGAGCAGUGGAGUUCCUGCGGAUAUUCUCACAGAAACCAUCAAUACCGUAGGCGAAGUUGUGAGAGGAGAUAUGAAUAACCAGGAAUUUCUGAGUCUCGUCAUGGCACCCAGUAAUCCCCCAAGGGCAGCAAUUGUCGUUCUCCUGAUGUCCAUGGUGAAUGAGAAGCAACCUCUGACCCUGAGAUGCGCUGUCCUGUAUUGCUACGAAUGCUUCCUCUAUCGCAAUGAAAUUGGCCAGACAAAUCUCGUGCAGACCCUCCUGCCUUCAUCCACUGAAGUCAGUAGCCUCACCCAAGGACAACUCCUCUGCGAUGGAUUGUUCAGCACUGAUUCCCUGGCCAAUUGGUUCAGUGCUGUGGCUCUUAUGCACGGGCUGAUUGAAAAUCCUGCCCAGAAGGAACAAUUGCUUCGUGUUCUUCUAGCCACAGCAGUUGGAAGUCCUCCAGUGUCUCUGCUGCAACAAUGCACGACUUUGCUACAGCAGGGAAAUUAUCGGGUCCAGAGUAAAAUCGGUCUGUUGAUGCUGAUCUGCACCUGGCUCAGUCACUGCCAGCUAGCCGUCAAAGGUUUCCUCUCGUCACCCAACAGUGUGGCCUUCCUGAUUGCCCAAAUCAGUGCGAAUGAACAUGACGAAAAUGAGUAUCUCAUCCAGGGACUCUGUGCCUUCCUCAUGGGCAUCUGCAUCCAGUUCAAUGAUAACUCCGUACCCAAUUACAAGAGAGAAGACCUCUGUCAGCUUGUCCUCAAGCGUAUUAGCUGUGAGACCUUCCUGACCAAACUCGGCGAAGUGUCAAAACACGAAAGCUACAGUAAGGCAGCCAAACAGCCACAGAUUCGCUUCAGAGCUCCCUUAGAUGUCCUCCUGGACCAUGAAUUCUGCAAACUCUUCAAGGCUCUCGAGGCAAUUGUCGUAAAAACCAUAACAUCAAUUGGGACCGAUGGUAGCAACAUCACGGAACUAACCCUCAGUCAGGAAGCUUCAGGAAUUGUUGGGCAGUACAAGGACAUCAUCCGGGAGCAAGAUACAAAAAUUGCUGAACUCCAGUCGACCAUUAAGCGUUGCGAGAAGGAAAUGGAGGAAACCAGGCGACAAUUGACUGAAGCACAAUCAUCCAAUGCUCAAUUGUCGGAUGCAAAUAUCCUGCUGAAAGCACAAUUGGCUGCUGCCACGGAUCUGGCACAUCAGCUACAAACUAGUCAAAUCAAUCACAUUGGUAAUCACGUGGCUGGUCUCAAUAUCACAGGAAAUGGUUAUCAGAAUCAUCACGACAGCCCUCAGAUUCAAGCUUUGCAGAUGGAGAAUUCUCAGCUGAAGCAGGAUGUUGAGAGGCUGACGCUGACGCUGAGAGGAUUCCAGGAAAAAUUCACAGAGGAAUCCAUUGAGAGGGAGAAACUGAAGGUGGAACAGGAGGAUCUACUUGAAUUGCUUGCUGAUCAGGAUACCAGGAUCAAACAGUAUCGACAGCAACUGCGAGACCUCGGAGCUCAAAUUGAGGCCUCUGAGGACGAUGAAUCGGAUGAUGGAGCUGCAGACAAUGGUCUCAAGUAGAGACGCUGUGUUCCCAAGAAUUGCCAAGAGACUCUGUUUUUAUUGUUUCGCGAUUUUUAUCAAAUUUAUCUCUUUCAUUCCUAAACAAAAGGUAUUGAUAUUUUCUUAA